GUUCCACCUGUGGCUGUUCCCCCUGUGUCUGUGGCCAGUCUUCCUGCUCCUCCGGUGGCCCUUCCAAGGGUGGCUGCUCUUCCAAGGGCGGCUGCUCUUCCAAGGGCGGCUGCUCCUCUUGCGGCUGUGGCCAGUCUUCCUGCUCCUCCUGUGGCUCUUCCAAGGGUGGCUGCUCCUCCUGCGGCUGUGGCCAGUCUUCCUGCUCCUCCUGUGGCUCUUCCAAGGGUGGCUGCUCUUCCAAGGGUGGCAGCUCCUCCUGUGGCUGUGGCCAGUCUUCCUGCUCCUCCUGUGGCUCUUCCAAGGGUGGCUGCUCUUCCAAGGGUGGCUGCUCCUCCUGCGGCUGUGGCCAGUCUUCCUGCUCCUCCUGCGGCUGUGGCCAGUCUUCCUGCUCCUCCUGUGGCUGUGGCCAGUCUUCCUGCUCCUCCUGUGGCUCUUCCAAGGGUGGCUGCUCUUCCAAGGGUGGCUGCUCCCCCUGUGGCUGUGGCCAGUCUUCCUGCUCCUCCUGUGGCUCUUCCAAGGGUGGCUGCUCUUCCAAGGGUGGCUGCUCCCCCUGUGGCUGUGGCCAGUCUUCCUGCUCCUCCUGUGGCUCUUCCAAGGGUGACUGCUCUUCCAAGGGUGGCUGCUCCUCCUGCGGCUGUGGCCAGUCUUCCUGCUCCUCCUGUGGCUCUUCCAAGGGUGGCUGCUCUUCCAAGGGUGGCUGCUCCUCCUGCGGCUGUGGCCAGUCUUCCUGCUCCUCUUGUGGCUCUUCCAAGGGUGGCUGCUCUUCCAAGGGUGGCUGCUCUUCCAAGGGUGGCUGCUCCUCCUGCGGCUGUGGCCAGUCUUCCUGCUCCUCCUGUGGUCCUUCUAAGGGAGGCUGCUCUUCCAAGGGUGGCUGCUCCUCCUGUGGAUGUGGCCAGUCUUCCUGCUCCCCCUGUGGCUGUUCCCAGUGUGACUGCUCCCCCUGCAGCUCUGGUCAGUCUUCCUGUUCCUCCUGUGGCUGUUCCCAGUGUGGCUGCUCCCCCUGCGGCUGUGGCCAGUCUUCCUGCUCCCCCUGCGGCUGUGGCCAGUCUUCCUGCUCCCCCAGCUGUGGUUCCAGUUGCUGUGGCUCUUCCUGUGGCUCUGGUUCCAAAGGCUGCUAUCCUCAUCAAUCCAAGUGCUGAAGAUCCCCACGGGAAGCUUGGCAGGCACAGAGAGAGUCCUGCAACCUGAAAGUCCAUGCAGGAAAUUUCACCUCUGUCUCUCCCAGUGCUGGUUGGCUCCUCCACACACCGUUGAUUUGCCAAGUUCAUUGUCUUAAGCUGUGCACCUGCCUCCUUCCCUCAUCACUGGAUUCCCUUUAUGUUCCCUUUUAUUUCCCUUUUAUAAUCUUGAAGGAUCCAUGCCUCUUAUGAAUAGGGAAUGCUUUUCUCUUUGUCAUCUUGGUGAAUGAGACACUUUAUUUUCCCCUUCAUGUCUUUGAAUAACUCCUCUCUGGAGAACUGUAAACAUGGCAAAUAAUAAAAUGACAAAUUACGGGG